CAACGGCAACCCCUUACAGUACCGAAAUGGGAGUUUUGCAUUAGCCGGGGCGGGUGGCUAACUAGUUAGCAAUUUGAAAGCCAGCAGCUGUCGUGGCUAGUAAUUUGAACCACAUUGCCUACAAAAAUACUUUGACUACUUUGACUGUAUAAAUCGAUCAUCAAGUUGGAGAAUCAAUACUACUUAGAGCUUGAUAGUCUACCGUUAGCUAGAGCUAACUGGUUCAUUUGAGUUACAGGAUGUUUCAGUGUUAGCCAAGUAGCUUAGCCAGCUAGCUAAUGUGGUUGCAAGACAACAGCAGCAUUGAUGAGGCAAUCCAACCUUGGAUUAUCAACAGUAACGUUGUUCUUUCUGGGCUUCGCUGUCUAGAUUGGAUUCAGCCUUUAGCGAUUCCGAAAUAUACCACAGAAUGACAGAUGAUGUCGUUCUGCUGAACGUACCAGUCAUUCGGCAAUUGUACCACUGGGACUGCGGAUUAGCUUGCUCAAAAAUGGUGUUGAAAUACCUCCACCCUGUCAGUGAUGAGGAGUUUCAAAGUGCUUGUUGGGAGCUGAAAUUGACAGAAAGUGUAUGGACCAUUGACCUGGCCUACCUCAUGAACCAGCUUGGAGUCCAGCACCGCUUUUGCACUCAGACCCUGGGCGUAGACAAAGGGUUCAAGAAUCAGUCUUUCUACAAGAAACAUUUUGACACUGAAGAAGACAGAGUGAAUGAGCUCUUUCUGAAGGCUGAGAGCAAGGGCGUGGUGGUCAAUAAAUGCUCUGUGACCAUUCAGGACAUCCAGGACCAUCUUGAACGGGGCAAUGUGGCCAUAGUGCUGGUCAAUGCAGUGGUUCUUAUGUGUGAACUCUGCUCGUCGCCUGUCAAGUAUUGCUGCUUCCUCCCUGUGGGUCAGAAGUGCUUCUGCCGGAAGCCUGAAUACCAGGGUCACUUUGUGGUUGCGAGUGGCUUCAACCGAGACACGGGCUGCAUCUUCUACAACAAUCCUGCAUAUUCAGAUCGAGUGUGCUGCACCAGCGUUAGUAAUUUCGAAGAGGCUCGAAGGAGCUAUGGGACGGACGAGGAUAUCCUGUUCGUUUUCAAGGAGAGCUGAUUGGCUCAGGGAAUGUGACAUAGCUGAACUCUACAUCACGCUAGUGUUCCAUCUAGACUGUGAUGGCACACCAGUCUGCAGGUCUCCAGCAUGGGACCUUUGGCUCGAACUCAAGUCAAGUGUUGGAGAUCCCUGUGGGCUCUUCUCUCUUCGUGCUGCCAUGGCUGACCACUACUAGAGUAACCACAACACCGCUGCAGUCACUACACCCGUUUGCUUCACAUAGCCACUGGCAUUUGAUGCGUAGGGAAGUACCAGCUGGAAAGCUCGGGAACACAAGUUCUUUUUUUGUUUGGUUGUUUAACUUGGGUGGAGAUGCUAUAUAGAAUGAAUUAAUUUGACUUUCUCUCUGUCACGUUUAUUAAGUCCAAUCCACAAGAUAAACUGAAAGAAGAUACCAGAUUGCUUAGUCUGUUUAGAAUGAUGAAAUGCUUUUUUCCCAAGCAUACACAUGGAGAACAGAAAGCAGUAAGGACCGAUGGCAACAUUGUGCACCUUCAAUGGAUUUGUAUAAUGUCAUGUUUAGUGUAAUUCUCAAGGGUUUGUGUGAGGCAGCCAUCCCUGUCCUUUACUAGCAUUUCAUAUUUUAUUAAUUACCACUUUGUGUUGGUGCAAUAUAACGUACAAAUAGGAAGGAUAGGGAGAAAUUGUCUUGAAAGACUCAGGUAAUGUACAUCCAUAACUGUGUGUGUGUGUGUUAUAUAA